AUGACAGACCCCGUCACCGCCCUCGCCCUUUGCAGCGUAAACUUGUCCUCAUCGGACUGCCAAACUUGCGUCAACGCCGCCACGUCACGCAUCCUCCAGGCAUGUCCCAGUCAAACAGUGGCUCAAGUUUGGUAUACAUUGUGCAUGGUACGCUACUCUUCCGUUAAUUUCAUAUCCAAACCAGACUACUCUAUCGGCUUCAUGUUAUACGAUGUGCGCGAUGCCCCUGAUCAAAACGAUUAUGAUCCGAAAGUUAGGAUGUUAAUGCAGAACCUGCCAUACACUGCCGGUGUAUCUGAUCAGAGAUCUGCGGUUGGGAUGACUCAUAUGGUUGGCAACAGGACUAUCUACGGUUAUGUGGAUUGCACACGAGAUGUGAAUGGUCAGGAUUGCACCACGUGCUUGUUGGGCGCUACUGAUUCAAUACCGUCUUGUUGUUUAGGCAAAUGGGCUGGUUGGAUUGCUACUCCUACUUGUAACAUACAGUUUGACAUGGACCCGGUUCAUGAUGAUUGGAUCAAUCCACCAGAAAUUGACACGAAUGUGCGGACCGCCACAGCGCCGGUGACUGAGCCAUCAGCUCCGGCGCAUGACGGUGGUUUAAUGUCUUCUGGUGGUGGCGGAGGAGAUGGUAAUAAAGAGAGAAGUAUCAUAUUGGUUGUUGCGGUGGUUGUGGCAUUUAUUCUGGAGGAUAACAGGUUCAGAUUCUUCUUGUAUGAUUUAGAUGUGUUGGUGGCUGCAACUGAUAAUUUCUCCUCUACAAAUCGGCUUGGCGGCGGAGGGUUCGGCUCUGUGUACAGGGGACGAGUACAUUCUGGUGAAGAAAUAGCGGUGAAGAAGCUCACAGCGGGUUCAACGCAAGGAAUGAAAGAGUUUUUGAAUGAAGUCAAAUUACUGCAGAAAAUACAACACAGAAAUCUAGUGUGGCUGCUCGGCUGUUGCGUUCAAGCGAAAGAGUUGAUGUUGGUUUACGAGUAUUUGCCUAACAAGAGCCUCGACUACUUCCUCUUUGAUAAGAGUAAAAGCGCGUUGCUUCAUUGGGCAAAGCGUUUCAACAUUAUAACGGGUGUGGCACGUGGGCUUCUAUAUCUGCACGAAGAUUCUCAACUUCGAAUCAUACAUAGAGAUAUCAAAGCAAGCAAUAUCUUGCUUGAUGAGCAAAUGAAUCCAAAAAUAUCAGAUUUUGGGUUAGCAAGGCUGUUUAAUGAUGACCAAAGCCGUCUCAAAACUCGCCGGAUUGUGGGGACAUUUGGCUAUAUGCCUCCUGAGUAUGCAAUUCGAGGAGUGGUAUCAAACAAGACCGAUGUCUUCAGUUUUGGAGCAACCAAAUAUACCACGUGA